CCGCUGAACCAAGUAGUCGGAAUGGAGUCUGGGGAUGAGGUAGAAAGAAUAACUAUGCAGCUCUCAUCGUUAUUUGUGAUGAUAUAGGGCGAGAUCGCACGUAGACGACGAAAGCCAGACAAGAAAUAACGCAGUUACGUCCCAUGGCGUCUAACCGGAAGUGGUGGAGCCAACACAAAUAUGGCGCAUGACAGCAGCGAGCUGCUAUCAAAAUAUAACAUUCUUAUAGCGCGUUGUGCUAUCUGAGUACAGCUUUAGUUAGUGUUAUUUGUACAAACAUGUCUCAGUGCAAGCAGACAGCCGAGGAAUUUAUCCAGAGCACGUUUAGUCCCAAUGUUGCAGUCUUGUGCAGCGCAGAUGCGGAGUUACUCUGCCAGAAAAACAAUCUGACUUUUCAGCAGUUAAUCCAGCCUUUUUGUCGUCUGUCAUCCGAAGUUCAUAUCCGAGAUGCAAACAAUGUGUCACACUCCAUCCAUGGUCUGCGGAUCAAGGCAUGCGACAUGUCCAAUCAGAUUCUUCAGCAGGCUGCUAUUCGCAAAACGCUGAAUGAUGCAGUGGCCAAUGCUCAGCUUCAGCAGCCUUCAACACUGGAUGGUGGUCGUACCAAUGUCCACACAUUUGGAAAUUAUGAUCUUCAUUUAAAUGCUUCAGCACCCUGGUUUGAAUCUUGGAGGGACUGUUUCUUGCAAACGCUGGCUCCUUCAGACCAUGAAUAUCUGAACCAUUGCCUAGCAUGCCUGUUUGUGGUGUCUUCAGCACAAGCAGAUCCUCUAAGCAUGUUCACAGCACUAGCCAACCAGCAGAUGACUCAGCAGCAGCAGUUUCCGAACAAAGCUCCUCGUUGGUUUUGCCAGGGUGUCCUGCAUUACUAUGUGCUUUUACAUGAUGUUGUGGAUGGAGAACAAGCCAGAGCGGAGGCUGUCUAUCAGAGCAUGAAAUCCACAUUUGGAGGCCAGAUCUGUCAUUUGCUUCAAAUCAAUUCCCGCUCAACUCACACCUUAGAGACCAUGAAGACUGGACCGUCUCCGCCCGACCCAUGGAGUCAGUUUUUGCCCAAACCAGCUGAACCUCAAAUGAAUCAGCGUACAAAAGCUAGGUAUUUCAUUACAUGGGAAGGGGUUGAUUAUGAUGGUAUUGGUGCUGAGGAUGAUGCCUCGUUUCCAACAGAACUGUCAGAAGGUACCUCUGAGAUUAAUCCAACCAUGCUUACUUCUGUGGAAUCUGCAUCUGAACUCUUUGAAGAGAAUCUACAGUCACCAACAGAACCCCCAGAACCUCCAGCACCUGCUCCUCAGCAGGACGAAAUGUUUGACCACCCCUUGUCCUUGUCACAGUUUGUCAAACCUGCCUUGCAGACAGAGCUGCCUUCACAAGAGAAUGACCUGACUGCUGCCGCCAAUGGCUAUACAGAUUCUGGGAGUCAGACCACAUCCAUGCAGUUGUCAGCACUAGCAGAUCGCACCAAGUUGCGUAUACAUGGAUGCUGUCUCACUACAUCUGAUCAAGAUCGACUUCGUAUAUUCAUGCACGAGUUUGUGGUUAGAGCUCUUAUUCCAUGGGCUGAGCGACAGAUGAAAAUUUUAAAUGAUCAGCUAACAUCUAGAAAAGGAAUUCACAGAUCAAUCUUCUCUGCCACCAAAAAAUGGUUUGGUGGGAACAAGCCUGCUGGCCCCAUUCCUGCCUCACAGAACACAACUGUUGUAUACACCAAAGAUGCACCUGAGCUUCAACUGCGAAGGCUUGGUGACCUUGCCUUCCUGUUUCAAAUGUAUGAGUUUGCCUACAAUACUUACCAUGCUGCUAAGAAAGACUUCAACAAUGACCAUGCAUGGCUGCAUUUUGCUGGUUCACUGGAAAUGGCCAGCAUUUCAAUUUUCAUGCAAGGACCACCAUGUCAGCGGCCAUACCCACACCAUUACAUGGAGACUGCCAUUUCCACCUACCUCACCUCCUGCAGAAAUCCUUUGUAUGCCACUCGGGCAACACUGGUGAGCACAGAAAUACUAAAAAGACGGAACAUGUUCAGUGAAGCAGCCAUGCAGUUUCUCAAGAUGAUCACAGAGGAGGCAGACCUGUCUAGUGCACUGUUCUUGGAGCAGGCAGCUCACUGUUUUAUCUGCAUGCAUCCCCCGAUGGUCCGCAAAUAUGCAUUCCACAUGAUUUUGGCAGGGCAUCGGUUCAACAAGGCAGGACAGAGGAAGCAUGCACUUCGGUCGUACUCUCAGGCCCUGCAGGUGUAUAAAAGCAAGCACUGGGCGAUAGCUGAGGAUCACAUUCAUUUUACAAUAGGCCGGCAGUCUUUCAACUUAAAGCAGUUGGAGAAUGCCACAUCAGCCUUCAAACAUUUACUGACCAGGGAGAGUAAACAACCUAGUGCUCAGCAGGGUGCAUUCCUUCGUGAAUAUCUCUUUGUGUAUAAGCAACUGUUGAGCCAAGAAGCAGGAGAAAACAGCUCUUAUGGCAGGCUACCAGAGCUGCCUCUCCCUUUCAUCAACAGUAAUGCUACAAAGGUCCUUUUGGGACAGCAUCCAACAGUUUUAGAUGCAGGUUCUAGUCGCAAGAAGAUUCCUGCCUCCGGUGUGAGCUUCAAUGAUGACUCACCAGUGAGUCGGUGGGCAAAGCUGGAGGAGACAGCAGUGGUGGCAGGGGGGAGCACUCCUCCACUGCGACCCACCCUGCAGUGUUUCACCAACGCCACAGAUAAUCGAUUCAACCCUGUCACCUUUGUUGGAGAGCCUGUCAGCAUACAGGUGUGUGUAGAAAACCCUCUUCAGGUGAUGUUGGUUCUGUCUGAUAUCACCCUUCUCUGGACAUUUCUGCCCACCAUCACUGGAUCAGACUCGUCUCAGCUUAUUUCCAACGAGGUUACGUCUAGUGUCAAGAAUCAUCUUGCUGAUGAGAUCAUUCAAACUGCAGUCAUCAAGGAGGUGGUGCUCAAUGGAAACCAGGUGCAGCCAAUAGUGUUGAGUCUGGUCCCAAGACAAGGAGGAGAACUACGAGUUGUGGGGAUAGCCUACAACCUUGGCACUAGCUCUGUAGCCCAGAACUCCACUCCUGCUCCUGUUGGCAAUGACAUCAGUCUGCCCAGUUCGACAGGUAGUUCUGCAGCCAAACCUAGUUACAUAAGCACCAUUUGUGUGCGAGGCAAGCAAAGGUUGGAAGUUCAAGGUCCACGACUCAAUGUAAGCAAAGAAGAGAAAACUGGGAAAGUGUAUGGACCAGAUCGUCGGCUGGAUUUGGUUGUUCAGGAGGAGAUGCCAAUUUUAAAUGUGAUGUUUUGUGAGUUUCCUGAUGCCUUACUUUGUGGUGAGGUGCACUGUGUGGAAGUGGAGUUCUCCAACAUUGGCAAAGUUCCUCUACGUAACCUGCGCGUAGUCUCCUCUCUUGCCAGCUUCUUCACUUUCGGCUGUGGCAAGGAAUCAGAGCUGCCAAAGUAUCCAUACACCUACCAGAUGCGGAAUGGAGAAGUUCAGCAGAACCGCGUAGACCAUAUCAAUCAUUGCAAAGAAUACAUGCACUUUACAGAAGUAGCAAGAAUACCUCUGCCAGGAGAUGGCAUGCUUGGUCCUGGGCAGACAGUGUUGCUGCCAGUGUGGCUGCGGGGUAAUGACAUUGGCGGUGUGCAUGAGGUGGACUUUGUGUUCUACUAUGAACCUGUCAGCACUGGGAGUCAUGUCAGGUACAGAGUGUUGCGACAUAGAGCAGUGAUCAACACUGUAGAGUCUCUUAGUGUGCGGGCAUUGGCGACAAAACAGACUGGUAGCGUUCUUCGCAGUGCGGGGCAGGAACUCAACUCAUGUUACAUCUUCUGUGAGCUAGAAAACCUUAGUCAGGUUCAGGUUCAACGGCCACACAUACAGGAACUGCAGAUAUCUCAGGUGUCUUGUGCCAGUAAUGCCUGGACUGUUUCCAGCCUGUCUACCAAUACCUCAAAAGGGAUUCGAAUUGGCAGCCGGGAAACUCUACAACUUAUGCUGAAAGGCACUUGUACAAGUGUUUCUAAAGAUGGGGAUCAGCUGUUGUAUAGUGAAGUGCCAUUUGACAUGGAGCAGAUUGACAGCACAAAAACUCCGUGCCGAGACUUUUAUGUCCGUAACAGGGCUGCGGACAAAUCACGAGACGGCAAUGAGCAGGUGGUGAAGAGGUCAGGAAUGAACGACCACCUGGAUCUGGAGGCAGCACUUAGAGUUGAUCUGACACUCAUCUUCUUGUGGAAGGCUUUUGUGGUGCAAGAAAAUGGACAAAUGAAGAUUCUAGUGGGGCAGCAUCAUGUCCACAUACGCACCUUAGAUAUAUACGUCACUUCAUAUCCAUUGGUUGUGUCUGAAUCAAAACAGGCACCAGCCCAACGACCACCAUUGAAGUUUGUCUCUGACACUGAGCAGGAGCCGCCAUCAGGACCCAGUGCUGAGGUUACCACUCGUCUUGUAUCAUAUUCCUUUAGACACGCCCCGUCCACAGCCUACAGUUUUAAGAAAGGAAUGUGCGUGGUGCCUGUUACCCUCAACCUGCAAAACCAGACAUGGCGACAAGUACAGGUACUGAUAGACACCAGCAAAUCUUCUGAUAGGUUUGGUGCUGGAUCCAACCAAGGGGACUCUACACUAGCAUCUGGUCAGGCAGUCACACCUUUGGCUCUAGGGAGCAUGGUCUUCCCAUCUCCAGUUCCCCUCAGCAGUUCCAUGAGGUGGGUGGGCCAUACCAAUGCCAAGGUCAGCCUGCGAGAGGGAGAGAGUGCGCAGCUGCAUCUCAACGCCGGAUUUUUACGUCCUGGUACCUACAACCUCAACACUCUGGCUGUGUUUGUCACAUAUUCCGACGAUCAGUCUCAGAUGAUUCUCCAGCGUCAGCCGACGCCCAGUAUUAUCACUCUCCUCCCUCUCUCCUGAUCCCUGUAUGCACCUGAAAGGGGACAACCCUUUGCACCUCACAGAGUUCUCACACAUCAUGGACCACGUUUCUUCACAGUCUUCAAUAUUGCUGAACUUACACAAAAGAAAUGUGUGGAUGUGUUUGAAUAUUUGUGUGCAUGAAUGUGUGUGUGCAUGUAUAAAUGGAUAUUUGUGUGCGGACAUGCCUCUGUAUUUAUGCAAACAUGCACCCAAAACAGUUAGGCACCAGUUAAAAUACAAUUUGUGGACUUUUGCAUAGUUCACCAACAAAAAAGUCUUGCAAAAACACUUUUUUUUUACUGUUUUGUAGAAAUUUCUUGCACACAAGACAUUGCAGAAAAAGUUUCAGGAGCAUGUUAUGCUAAGUAAAAGUGAAUUGCAAGUCAUAAGUUUGACUCUUUAUAUCCAUGUUAAAAUGAAAUGUUGAAGCUGGAACAGUUGUUCACUUUAAUUCCAUUGGAGUCUCAUAUACAUUGUUGCAAGGAAAUUAGUAGAGUUUGUUAAAGUGGUUGAUGUACAUUUUUUUUCUCUGCCUGAUUUUUGUAUUGUUAAAUGCACCAUUCCCCAUGUGCAUGCAGACAGGUUUUAGCAUAUAUUUGGGUGCACUUCAUAAUUUGAAACUGUUGUAGUGUUAAUGCAUUGUCAUAUAUGCUAGUCCACAGAAUUCAACUCCACUGCGAGUCCUUUAAUCCCAUUCUCUGUAUUUAGAUAUUUUUGGCUGUUGUGCUGUCUGUGACUUUUUUAAUUUAACUGGCCGUUAACAGCAGUAAAGUGAAUGACAAUAUAUAUAUAUUUUUAAGGGAUUUGUUAGGAUUGUUGAGAAUGGAAAUACUGGGUUCAACAUAGAGCACACUGUGAGGCAUUUACUUUGCUAUAGGUGCAAAGGAAAACAUGAAAUAACAUUUAAGUGGGAAUCGUGUAAUGUGUCUCAGGCAGGCUGGUGGGAAGGCUGAUAACCGGUGGUAAGAACCUGAAUAUUUGGCUGCAGUCUGGCUGCAGAUAUGUAUGCUUUCAGUACCAAAGAGGGUAAAUUUCAUUUCCUUCAGGAAUACAGCACAGUUGUGAGAGUGAAGUUGCUAUCUAUUGUGAAUGAUUAACUCAAUUUUUCUAACACAAUUCUAAAGUAGGCUAGGCUGUCAAAGAAUGUUUGUGACAGUGUAGACAACUGUCUUGUCCAUCUAUAUUUUAAGAUGCAUUGCCAAUGAUUUUAGUGAAGCUGGCCUUGUGAUAAUGUUUGUUGUGUUUUGUUAGUUGUACUUUGCAGUCUGUAUACAUGUACAGAUUGCUGUAUUGGGGGUAGGGGUAGGUUGAUUGGCAUGUGGUCUUGGAUACAUGUCUGUAUGCUGGUGGCCGUGAUAUAGCCUUAGUUGCUGGCACAGCAUAAAACACAAACUGUAUGCUGGUGUGUGUAUGGGUUAGAAUUUCUGUACAUUCAUGUGCCAGUAUGCGCUUGAGUAGCAGAAGAUUUGUAGUUUUUAUAUUUGUGUACAGUUUAUGAAUGUGCACAUAUGUACCCAUGUCUUUGUACAGGUUAACUGUGAGUUCUUUGUCUAUACUUCAUGAAAACUUCAUAAGUUUCCCGGAGAUAUAAAGUUGUACAUAAAGUAAUCUUUCUUUCUGUAUUUCUAAGUAAACUCAGAUAUUGUCAUUCCCAUAAUGCAGUGGGUGUUGUGAUACAAGCUCAUGCAAUUUAAAGGAUUUAAUAUCUAAAGUGAAGACUUUUUUAAUAUUUUUGUUUUAUGAUUGAUCUGCAACUCAGCAAAAUAGUUUAAGCUCAUUGUUAGAUGUGUAGGCUUUUUCUUUUAAAGACAUAACUGGAAUGCUGAAAGUGAACAGGAGCUGGUAGAUGUGUAGCAGUCCUAGUAUAAUGUUGUGUAAACAGAAUUGCAUCUUUUGUAUUCAGGUAUAAGUUGUUUGCUUGUACUGAUGCAGAAGAUACAGUAUGUUAUAUCAUGUGAAAAUGCUUGUGUACUGAUGGAUACAGAGUGGCUGAUAAGUGUUGUUGGAUGUGUACUGAUAUCACUCUUAGGUUUUGUGAUAAAUUAAUUUAUUUUAGUCCAGACAACUUAAGACGACAAAUGCAGAAAAUACAUAGAUUAACUUGAUUAGUAGUAUUUUUUUAGAGUUGUAUAUUAUUUUGGGUUGAAAAAAAAUGUUGCAGUUCUGCUGUAUUGUAGGUUGUGAUGAUACAAAAUGCAGCACGGAUGAUUAUUAAAUUUUAUUAUCAGAAAUGUGUAGGAAUUAUUUUGUUAUAUUUUUAUUGACCUGUGUUUGGACAGGGCUUUUUUUUUAGUAGAUCCAAAAUUUGUGACUUCUUCAUGUGUGUCAAUUAAUAUUUAUGGUAUUUUUUCUCAAAUUUUAGGGAAAGCAUUGUGUAUCCAAAUCAGCUAACGAUUUCGAAAUAACAUGCAUCUAGUCAUGCAUAAAAGAGUUAAAUCUGAGUUUAUAAUAUUUGGCAGACAAGCAUUUGUUAGUGUUUACUAUGUAAUAUUGAUCACCUUUGACUAAACAGGCAGUAACUAAAUCUUUAACAUUUAUGUCAAAUCACAUAGAGCUUGCUGCUGGCAGGGAAAUGUGCUAUAGAACUGCCUUUUUUAUUAUUACUAUUGUUAGGUAGCACAAACAGGUAUAAAUUAUAAAAUGAAUGUGAUUAAGAAGAAAUUAGCUGGGGUGAAAAUUCGAACCAUGCUUUUUUAAAUUUCUGUUCAAGGCAGAUCACCAAUCAGUUUCCCUGCCAGGAACAUGCAUCUCUUUUCUAGUCAUGCCCAGCAGCAGUGUAUGCGAAUUUAUGUUCGCCAUAAAGUUUGUGAUUUUGGACGUUGCCUCUUGGGACCAAACUAAAAAAUCAGUUUCCUGUUUCCUUGUUUCCAACAUUAUAGCCUGAUGUCUGUGUUUAUGACAGAGCUACUAGAGCACUGUUUUCUGACCUAGGUUUCAUCUAUAGUAUUUCUUUGUUUAGGUUUCAUCUCUAUUCCCAAUUACAAACCAUUUUACAUUAUUAUAGUCUCUCUCUCUAUAUAUUUAUGUAGAUCCUGAUGGCACCAUCUGGUGUGAGAGCGUGUUCUUCACACGUGGUUGUAAAACACAAGAUUCAGUAAAUGGCAUACAUUAUUAUCAUACAUAUUUGGUUGUUGACAUCGUCUGUGCUGUUUUAAAAAUGUCUCUUUUCUGGUGUCUGCAUAUGAUGCAAGAAAAUGAAUUUCAUUUGUUUACUCCUGGUUUGUAGAUGCAUGCAUUUCUCUCUCAAAUCAUGUAUGGGUGCAUUUGGUUUAUACAUAAAGUCCUGCUUGGAAGAGUGCUAAUAGGUUUACAAAAGAAAUGAGUAUGAGUAAAAUGCAGAAGAUACCCAUGAAAAAUGUAUUUUUGAGUUGCAGCAUUCAAACUGUCCAGGUUGGAAGGUGUACACAUCAUGCACUGACAAUCAGCUAGCAGCUAGGUGCAGUGCACAAAUAUUCUGUAGCCAUAUGAACAUUUUAAGGUUAAUCAAAUCCAUUCUCAUUAGAGCAACUAGUUUUGUUCUUGAUUUAGUUGUCAUUUUGUAGGUUAGGAAUUGAAGAAGUCAGUCUUUAGAACUGGAAAGAUCAUCAAUAUGCCCAUUCCUCCAUUUUGUGCUGUGUUACUUGUCACCAAAUUACAAGUUUGAAAAAGUCUUAUGCAUGUCAAUGAACCCUAAUGAAGGGUUGGAGCGAGUUCUUAAGGUGCAAUUUUCAUUUAAUAAUACUAAGUUUGCUUUACUGUUUAAACUUAACAUAACUGCAAUUUUUUUCCAUAUACAUAUGACUACCAUAUUUAUCACCUUAUUUCAAUGGAAAUGGCAGUGUUGUAGCAGAGUCCUUACCAGUAGCUAUUGUGAUCACUCAAGUUUGUGGACUCUAUCUUGCAGUUGUAAUCCAGUGUCAUACAGCGUUGGCAGUUGAUGUUGUACAGUCUUUGCAAAAACUUCACUCUCCCGUCAUAGUGACAAAAGGUGUGUUUUUUAUUUCGUGGAAAACAUUUUACUUUGACUGUGGUCUAACCCACUGGUCAUGCUCGCUUGUUUGAUUUCUGUCCUGUAACUGUUCAUUGAUUGGUUGUCAACUGAACUCUUGCAGCAAGCGGCUUCCUGUAAAGAGUGAUGCUUUGUGCUACUGUACAUUUUCACACCAUGCAACCAUAAUAAAAGAACAUGAAGAAGACCUGGC